GCGUGCUGGCACAUGCCUCGUGUUUGCAUUCUUACAUUCGUAAUUUUUCCAUAUUUGGUGAAUAUGGAGGUAAGGGAGUCUUGUUUAAUGUUGAGAUGAAUAUCUGUGAUAUACAGGGUGCGCUGCUGAAACUGCAUAUUUUCUUUGUAUUCAUUACCUAG